UCUUGAUGUGUGCAACUGGCAGCGCAGAAAGCUUCCUGAGAACAUUUAGGGAGUAUGUAAAAUUCACAUGCAAAAGAGGGUGACAGGGAUCUGGCAGACACGUCAAGUGAAAUUAUUGGAAGGGCAUGGGCUUGAGUUACAGUCUUCAUUGUCUCGACACAGUUGAUUUUAUGGACUACUUUUUUGUAUUGAAAUCCAAAGAGAGGGGGUGUCAUUAUGAAUCACCAGGCUGCAGCUCCAAAGACAAGAAGUGAUAAUUAUCUGAGCAUAAAGAACUCUGAAUCCCUCGAUACUUAUAUCCAGAAUACACUUUCCUCUCUAUAUCCACCUUUUGAGGCCACAGCUGCUACUGUUUUGUGGCAGCUUUUCAACAUUGUUGAAAAGUUUUAUCACGGAGAUGGUCUCAGAUGUCUAAUUGAUUUUCUUGUUCCUGCCAAGAGAGUCUUACAGUGUAUCCAACGGGAAACCUGUAGCAAUUAUACUGGCCUUAUUUUUUACCAUGAAGGAUGGCCAUUGUGCAUCCAUGAGAAGAUCAUAGUGCAACUGGCGUCUCUCCACAAAGCCCGUUUAAAACCAGGAGAUUUUUACUUCCAGAUUGUGCCGGUGAGAAAGCAGUCAGUCAACCUAGUGUUAAAAUGUCUCUCCAGACAUGGGCAAGGAAUGGAAGAGCUUGUUGUACCUGAAACCAUGUACGGAUAUAUUUUCACAAUAGAGUUUUUGGAAAAUGUAAACGGUAAACUGGAUGGCUGCCCUUUGCAGAGCUGCUUGCUGACUACAGGUCCAGCCAUAUAUAGGACACCUUGGAAAAAUAUUGUGAACCCUAUAUUUGUCCCUACAGCUGAAACAAUUCUGCAGACAUAUUCCAAAAGCUCUCUGCUUGAAAAGUUGAUCAGCAGCAGUCCUGAUGCUAAAGCUAUGACACAGACAAUGGAAAGCAGCAGCUCACGUGAGAGUUCGACCUCUAAUGAUACCUGUUCUACCGUGAUAGAGGUACCGCUUGCAGGCAGCUGUGGAAAUCAAGGUGAUGAUAAUUCUGAUUUAUGUCAUGGCCCUGGGAGCAAGGCUGAAAUAAAAAACCCAGCAACCCAAGCUGAGCAUGGAACUGUUGAUGAAGCAAAUCCAAGAGCGCUUUCAGUUGCAGAGCAAGCCAUCAAGGAACCAAAAAUGACAUCUGAAUUGACACCUGAUUUGUUUAAAGAUUCAGCAGCUCCUCCACUAGUGAAAAGGAAUGGCCCCAAAAGCAUAUCCUUCAGCACAGACCUGAGCAGCCCAUGUCAAAGAGGGCGGGAUUCUCUGUAUUUUGAAACAAAGCGAUUGUUUAGAAAGUCUUAUAUAGAAGCUUUGCAAAACCCAAUGAGUCUUGGUUCCAGCUCUGAGGAAUCCAUUGCAGAAGACGAACCUUCAGAGCAUGUCAUGGGACAGGUGGAGAAUGAGUGCAGCGUCACUGAAAAAACAUGUGAAAACAAUGUUUGGCAAGAAAGCUGUUGGUCUGAAAGAAUUUCAAAACAGGAGGCAACAAGAGAGGCAGUUAGAUUUGGGAAUCGUUCCCAGGCCUCUGAAAAAUGGACUCAUGAAACAGCAUGUAGCAGGUCGGGUUCAAGAAGAUCACGGUCUUUAGACAGGAUGCAUAAGAGCUCACAGAGUGAAGAUUAUAAAUCCAGGGUGCCCUCAGAUGGAGUGUUCAGUGAAAAUCCCCCCAAAAUCAUAAAUGGGCAUUCUCUAAGGUCUGAGAGACUGGAGUCACAUAUUCACGAAUUCAUUACUACAAAAAGCAAAGAGGAUGAAGUAUUUUCUCCAGACCUCGGAGACUCCAGAAUUGAUUUUCGGGAUUACGAGUCUACUGUAAAUUCACCACCUCUACUGCAUUGCCCUGAGAAUGAGCUGCUGUCUGCAAACACUGGGGACCCCAGGCGCUUGUUAUCACACCAGUUACUUGAAGUUAAUCAAGAAUUACUGCAAUCUGGAGUCAUUUCUCUGUGUGGAAACAGGGAUCGUGGUGGAAGAGCAGUUGUGCAGGUCUGCAUGAGUAAUAGUGCUUGGUUAAGUGAACCUUCGAGAGUCAGUGAGCUCACACAACUUCUAGUGUAUUUCCACAAUAUUCCCAGAAAGGAUGCCCGUUCUUUGGGGCUACUUAUUUUAGUGGAUGCCCGCAAAAGUCAGAAUGUAGCUGUCCUCUUCAAAGCCUUGACAGCAUUACAGAAUGCCGUUCCUCAUUCCAUUCAUAGUGUUCUGAUCUUGACUGAUAAGGAAUCUGCUUUUAAGCCUGACAAAGAAGUUGCAUUUCAGUGUGAAGUUCUCACAUCACUCAAGGCUUUGCAUAGAUUCAUUGAAUGUACCCAACUGACAGCAGAGUUUGAUGGAACAUUCCCUUAUAGUCAUAAUGACUGGAUAUGCUUUCGAAGGAAACUUGAGCCAUUUAUUACAAACUGCAAAGAGGCCCUUGUUUUCUUGCAAUACUCUUUAUGUUCACUCAGCAAUAUCCAGACGCCAAGUACUGCACAAGAGGUGGAUGACUUAAUGAAUAAACACAAGAUGAUGAUGAAACUUGUUCUGGAAGAUAAACUGUUGGUCACCUUAAGGCUUGAGGGUGGGACGGUCCUUGCAAGGCUUAGAAAGGAAGAGUUCUGUAAUACAGAAGAUUAUAGAGAUGCCAUGGAGACUAUUACGAAGCUGUAUAAUCGAGUAGAUGAGGAAGUUCAUAGGCUGGUUCUAUUGUCUAAUAAAUGUCUGCAACACCUAGAGAAUCUCUUGGCAAUGAGAAAAUUUGAAGAAGGCUGUGAACAGAUAAAAGUCUGGUUUGAAAAUGAGAGAGAACAAUAUAUUGGGCCUUUGGAUCAAGAACACCUUUCAGUUGAAAAUGUGAAAAGGAAACGGGACCAGUUCCUGGUUUUCAGUGAAAAGGCAAUGCAAUAUUCCCAGAAAGGGCUACAGCUCAUAAAGGAGAAUUCUUCAUUAAAAUCUGAAGAAGAAUUUCAGGCUUUCAGUAGGUAUCUGAGUAACAUCACAGUUCAAACCGAGAAGAGGAGAAGUGAACUGGAGAAGCUGCUUAAGCUAUAUGAAUUUUAUGAAAAAGCAUCCAGGUGGAUGGUUCACUGUAAUGAGUUUCUUGAAAAGCUUUCAGUGGAAGCCAAGUAUUCUCAGCCAGCAGUUCAGUCUUUGCAAAGCUACCACCAAGAAGCUGCAAAGUUUUCUGCCGAGAACUUUCAGAAAGUCAGUGAGGUGAUUAUUGCUCUGGGUAACAAGGAGGAACUAAAACAAUGGAAUAUUUUAUGGCUGAAAUGCCAGCAGACCAGGCACCACUUAGAAGAGGUCCUUUCAGAAGCAGUUAAAGGUACCAGUAAAGAAGGGCCCAGCAGUACUCUGAGAGAGAUUGGCCAGAGGGACGGCCAUAACCUGGGCAGCAAAUCUGCAACACAACAAAGCCAAUCUUCCGGCUUUUGUUCUAGCACUGUCAAUAACGUCCGUGACAGUAAGUCACUCGGUCCAUUUCAAGGUAGCAGCCCAUCUGAGGAUGUGCCUUCUUUUCUACAUCAGGAAGGUGCUGCUCAAAACACUGAUCCAUUUUCUUCUUCUGUUAAACCUUCGGUUUCACAAACUCUUACUCCACUCUUGGGUAGGUUUCAAAGGACUAGCCGUGUUUCAGAUGAUUUGGACAACAUUUCUACCUGCUGUUCAGAACCGAUCCAGACACCCAGCACCCGCCACAGGAGGCAUCCACUGAAGAAGAUUAUGAAGAAGACACAGAGCUUUGAGUUGACCCGACACGAGAGUAACCACAGUGAACUGCAUCAUCAUGGAUAUACUGGGGUUUACAUAAGAGGACUGGAGGUAGCCAGCAAUGUUGCUGCAGAAAAGAGAAACACGCAGCGUUCCAGUAUCAAGAGUCCUUUGGUUUGCAGAAAUCGCAGUUUAUCAUCUCCUUCAAGAAUCCACCACGCAGAAGAUGAAGAAGAGAAAAAAAUAGGGGGAAGUAAGGUGAACCACAUAAUGGAUGAGAUGAUCACAACAGAAAGGGAGUAUGUCAGAUCUUUAGGCUAUAUCAUCAACAGCUAUUUCCCAGAAAUGGAAAGGAUUGACUUACCUCAGGAUUUGCGAGGGAAGCGGAAUAUCAUAUUUGGAAAUUUGGAAAAACUGUAUGACUUCCAUCGUCUGUAUUUCCUGAAAGAACUGGAACACUGCACAGACUUCCCACUGCGGGUUAGCCACUCUUUUCUCAGACAUGAAGAACAGUUUGGAAUGUAUGCAUUGUACAGCAAGAACAAGCCGCAGUCAGACGCUUUGCUUAUAAGCCACGGAAAUACCUUCUUUAAAAAUAAGCAGCAGGAAUUGGGUGAUAAAAUGAACCUGGCUUCUUACCUGCUGAAACCUAUCCAGAGAAUGAGCAAAUAUGCACUGCUUUUGAAGGAUCUGAUCAAGCAGUGUUCGGCAGCGCAGGAACAGGAGCUCAGCGCCCUCCGUGCUGCUGAAGAAAUGGUCAAGUUUCAGCUUCGCCAUGGAAAUGAUUUACUUGCAAUGGAUGCCAUCAGAGGAUGUGAUGUCAAUCUGAAAGAACAAGGACAGCUGAGGUGUCAAGAUGAGUUUAUUGUGUGCUGUGGCCGAAAGAAGUACUUGAGGCAUGUUUUCCUUUUCGAAGACCUCAUCUUGUUCAGUAAAACAAAAAAGAUUGAUGGGGGAUAUGACAUUUACAUGUACAAACAGUCAUUUAAGACAGCUGAGAUUGGAAUGACAGAGAAUGUUGGAGAUAGUGGCCUCAGAUUUGAAAUCUGGUUUCGAAGGAGAAGAAAAUCUCAAGACACUUACAUCCUUCAAGCAAAUUCAGUAGAAACUAAGAUUGGAUGGACAAAUCUCAUAGGAAAGAUUCUUUGGAGACAAGCCUUGAGAAACCGAGAACUCCGAAUGCAAGAAAUGGUGUCAAUGGGCAUAGGAAACAAACCCUUCAUGGACAUCAAGCCCAGUGAUGCAGCUAUAAGUGAUCGAGCAAUAGACUAUAUAAUGAAACGAGCAGAGUCAAGGAGCCGUGCCUCAAUAGCUGUUUCUUCAUUUGACCAUUCCACGCCGUUUAAGAGGCCCCACUCCACGAUCUCAAACAGCAGCACAUCUUCCUCAAGCAGCCAGUCCUCAUCUUCCAUCCUGGGCUCGCUAAAUCUGCACAUAUAUUCCGCCCCGUCCCACCCAGGCUUGGUGGGACCGCCUUUUUACCACUGGUCAUACGAUGUCAGAGCCUGUAUUGAGGAAGAUGAGCUGGAACAGGACAUUGGGAGCCAGCCCUCAAUGAUUACAGAGAGUUCAGAGUCAUCCCAGUGCACGUCGGGUGAAAGCUCAAGUGGUUUCAGCUGGUCUGCCCAGGCUGGAUUCUCCCCACUCCUCGUGGAGACAUUUCUCGAUGAAGGCACUUCAAGCCCUGGUUCCAAGCCCGCAUCACAAUGCACAUCUCCUGCCCUCUCAGAGAAGAACCUCAGAUCAAAGCCCAGCAGUCAGUAUGUUCAUGCUGUGAGUGUUUUCCUUCAUUAGGUGUAAAUACAUAAA